CAUAAUAAUAAGAAGAGAAAAGAAGUCUUAUUAUCUCUCUAAGUUUUCUAUCUAGUUUCCCUCUAAAGUCCAUACAAUCAUUCUCUAGAUCUCUUCUCUUUUGAUCCUUCUCAUAAUAAACAUCUUAUUACCUCCAAGCUUAUCAUAUAGUUCAUAACAAAAAGGAAACUAAAAGAAACUUCCUAUUUUCUAUUUCCUAUUCAAACGCGGACUUUGUCUUUGUCUCUGCUCGCCCUAUACCACUUUCCUCGAACCAACACUUGAAAAACUCAAUCUUGUAUGUAUAUAUAUCUUAACAUACACACACAGCUUCUAUAUCUCCUCUAAGAAGCUUUUCUAAUAACUUUUUUUUUGUGAUUCCUUUCAUUCAUUGAUAUAUCUAAGUAACGUAACCAUGGAGUCGAAGAGUUUCUUGUCAGGAUACAAACGAUCGUCUUCUGUUCCUUUGUUUGCUCUGUUCAACUUGUUCCUAAUAAGUUUCUGCAGAUGGGUUUCUUCUACUCGCAUCUCUUUAUCCAGAUUUGUCCCUCUUCUUCAACAUUAUCAUCAAAGUAGUAUCGACAAAAACAGCAACAAAGAUCAACAAGAGAGUUUGAUGAUCAAAGAAAAAGAUGGUGAUGGUGGUGAUCUAUGUAAAGAAGAUGCAGAGAUGGUUAUGACAAGUUUAGGACUUUUCCCUGACAAAGACAGCGAUGAUCAGCUUCAAGAACGGUACAGUGCCAAGCAAGUUUCGAGUUUGUUCGAAGAGAAAGAAGCGAGUUUAGAAGAAGUAAAGCAAGCUUUCGAUGUAUUUGAUGAAAACAGAGAUUGGUUUAUCGAUGCUACAGAGUUGCAAAGAGUUUUAACAAUCUUAGGUUUCAAAGAAGGGUUUAACUUAGAGAACUGUUUGGUAAUGAUUAGGUCAUUAGAUGGAAACAAAGACGGAAGAAUCGAUUUUAAUGACUUUGUUAAAUUCAUGGAGAAUAGCUUCUAUUAAGAUCUAAUAAUGACAUUUAUUCUUUUAUUAUUA